AUGGGGAAGACGAAGCCUCCGAGUGCAGGUUUGUUUGUUGGACUGAACAAAGGUCAUGUCGUGACCAGGAGGGAAUUGGCUCCACGUCCUUCUGAUAGGAAAGGGAAAACAAGCAAAAGAGUUCACUUUGUAAGGAGCCUCAUCAGGGAAGUUGCUGGAUUUGCGCCUUAUGAGAAAAGGAUCACUGAGCUUCUUAAAGUUGGCAAGGAUAAGCGUGCUUUAAAGGUGGCAAAGAGAAAGUUGGGCACCCACAAGAGGGCAAAGAAGAAGAGAGAGGAAAUGUCCAAUGUUCUCCGUAAGAUGAGGGCAGCUGGAGGUGGUGAAAAGAAGAAGUGA